UGAGCGCAACGAAGAAAAUCAAUAACUAAACAGUGAUGUAUUCAUUCGUCUUUUUAAAAUGAGAACGUAACAAAACUUUUCUUUUAAUUCAUCGAAGAAACUAUUUUAUUUAAAAAAAUAUAUCUGUUGAAGCUUGAUGCUCAUUUUUUAUUUAUUUACAUAGUGAUGAAUAUUCUCAUAGUUACGGCGUGGUAGAACAUUCUGCGUGUUUGAAUAUCGCCCUUUCCGCUAAAUAUAACUGUUAAAGAUUAUUGUUGGUUGAAGUAAAAAAUAUACAUUAUACAACACUGUAAUUAUAAGUCAAAAUGGAAGAAUUAAACGGCGAGCUUUUUGGGGAUGGACUUGUUAGUCUGGGAGAUGAGGGGUCUUUGGAGUCUACCGAUAGUGGAAAACAAGAACAAAAUUGUAAAAUUUGCGACAAUAAAUUAUGCAGUCCCCGUGUAUUGUCAUGCCUUCAUGUAUUCUGUGAAGCAUGUAUUGAUAAACUGAUGGUUAACGAAGCUGGGGAUUCGCUUAAAUUUGAUUUGGCUGUUGAGUGUCCUCUGUGCAAACAAGAAACUAAGGUGAUGCCUGGAGGAGGAGCAAUGUCACUUCCAUCAGACUACGUCCUUACAAACAUCUUGGAUGUUUCAUCCAUGGAUCAAUCCGUUGUUUGCACUUGUUGCAAAAGCAAGGAACCAGCAGUCGCUAGAUGUACUGAUUGUUCUCAUUUCUUAUGCGCUAACUGCAAUUCUGCGCAUGAGUUCAUGAGGUGUUUUGAAAAUCAUCGCGUUGUGCCAUUCGAUGCUUUAAGAUCAUCCAAAGAAAAAGCUGCUGUGCACAAGCCAAUUUUCUGUACUCGCCACGCUGGAGAGAGCCUCAAAUUUUAUUGCUGCGAAUGUGAAGUGGGCGCAUGCUCAGAAUGUUUAACCCACGAUCACAAAGUUGGUGAGCAUCGUUGUGAGCGUAUUGUUGACGCUGAGCCAAAUUUACGCGCAGAACUGCGUACUUUUAUCGUUGAAGCUAAUUCCCGUGCUGUCGCAGCAGGAUGCGCGUCGGUUAAAAUUGAUGACGCUUUAGGUGAUUUGCAGCGGCAGAGAGAUGACGCUGAAAACAUAAUUAAUGAGGCAUUUCACGCUUACAAAUCAGCUUUAGAGAGGCGUCGUGAAAAAGCUCUGGAAGAACUAGAGAGAUUGCAUAAAGAGAGAGAGCUGAAAGUAAUGGACCUCUUCGAUCGUGUUGACAAAACUGUACAACGUAUAGAUUGCGCCUGCAAGUUUGCAGCCAGGCUUCUCAGAAGGGGAGACGGCACUGAAAUAGUGAUGUUGAAGAAAACUGUAGCUUCUCAAUUCACUCGGCUCUUGGAAGGAGCUCCCGAAUUCGACGUGGAUUUUUCAUUGGAAUUUGUAACGAAAAUGGAAAAAUUUGAUUCGAUAACCGAGGAAUCUUUCGGGACAUUCCGCACUGAAGCAACUAGAGCGGAAGAAAUGAAACGAGCCAGUGAAUCCUCUGCCAUUGUCUCCGUGACUUCGAACUCCCAUUCACCUGCUAUAUCCGUAACAAAUGCCCCAGUUUUCGAUGAUUAUCCACUGGGUAACGUCCGUCGCGUAACGGGUGUUUCAGUAGGCAGUUUAGUUGGGGUUCCCGGGGUCGGAGGAGUGCCGACCAUUGGUGUUCCAGGGGUCGGUGCAGUAACUGGCGUUGGCGCCGUGCCGAACACCGGCGUCCUUCCCGGAGUCGUCAACGUUAACAGCGUCGGAGCAGUUACUGGUGUGGGGGGAGUUCCUACUAUGCCAUCGAUGGUCGAAUAUAAUUUGCAACAACUGGCAAGCAUUGCUGAGAAAGAUGUGCCGCCGCCGCCUCAUGCAUCACCGGCUCCUCCGUUUACUCUCGCUGAAUUACUUGCUGGAGAUCUCAAUUCACCUCAAGCAUAUAAUAACUUGCAAGCGCUCGCGAAGCUCGGUUUGAAUGCGGAUGUAAAUGGAUUUGGCGGAGUUGGAGGUGUCGGUAAUAUUGGCGGUGUUGGUCCUCGCGGCGUGUCUCCGGGCAGACCACUCCUAACACCCGCAGAAGAGGCCGCACUAGUCGCUCCACCGGCGCCCCUUGUGCGUGCUAACAAGGCUACACCGAUGCAUAUUAGAUUCAAGUUUGGUCAACUUGGCGGCGGAAAGGGACAAUUCAACUCGCCUCAUGGUUUCUGUCUUGGAAACGAUGAAGACAUCAUUGUAGCCGAUACAAACAACCAUCGCAUAACGGUAUUCGACAAGUCUGGUAACCACAAAUUCAAUUUCGGCGUGGCGGGCAAGGAAGAGGGUCAAUUGUGGUAUCCUCGUAAAGUUGCAGUCGUGCGCGCAACAGGAAAAUUCGUCGUUUGCGAUCGCGGAAAUGAGAGAUCGCGCAUGCAAAUUUUUACCAAGAACGGACACUUCUUGAAGAAAAUCGCCGUACGCUUCAUCGACAUCGUCGCUGGUCUGGCAGUCACCGCUGAAGGACUCAUCGUGGCUGUGGACAGUGUCACACCAACUGUGUUUAUCUUAUCUGAGGAGGGAGAUCUCAUGAGUUGGUUCGAUUGCAGUGAGUGCAUGAGAGAGCCGUCAGAUAUCGCAAUCAGUGGCAAGGAAUUCUACGUGUGCGACUUCAAAGGGCACUGUGUGGUUGUAUUCGACGACGAAGGCCGGUUCCUUCGUCGCAUCGGCUGCGAAAAUGUGACCAAUUUCCCCAACGGCAUCGAUGUUUCCGAUGCCGGAGACGUUCUCAUCGGCGACUCGCACGGCAACAAGUUUCACGUGGCCGUGUUCUCGCGCGACGGAGCCCUUGUCACCGAGUUCGAAUGCCCCUAUGUCAAGGUGUCUCGCUGCUGCGGCUUGAAGAUCACGUCGGAAGGGUACAUAGUGACCCUUGCUAAGAAUAAUCACCACGUUCUAGUCCUCAACACCCUUUACAUUGUCUGAGGAGUAACUCAAUGGCUGUAAGUCUGCAUACUACAAGAUCUCACAUUUAUUCCCUAUAUUAUUAUAUUUAAUUGCUGAUUUUACAAAGCUUAACAUUUUUGCUAAACCAGUAUUUGAUUACUUACUUUUUGUUGUUUUGUGUUUUUCACGAUAGUCACAUUUAACCGUUCGCUACGGUGAUCCCAAUUUUCCUAUUUCUUUGUCUUAUGUUGUGAAAUUUUAAUUAAAGAUUUAAAUUGGCAUCACUGCUAGUAGAUACGUGUAAUUCCCAAAGUACUAGAUACUUUUGAUUUGUAUCAUCUCACAUUUUUUUUUAUUAUGGUUGCAUUUAGUUGUAAUAACAGACAAUCCAAAGUUUAGGCUAAUAUCUCUUUGUUUACAUAUGUUAUUAUCCAGUCAAUAUGCACGUUAAGAAAGGAUUAUAAUGAGAGUUUGAUUGUAGAGUUUUCAUAUUUAGGAUGGUUUGCUUUUAUGAUUUUGACAUUAUUCUUUUAUUUUGAUUGGAAUACCGAUCGAAUACGUACACAGCAUUGUUCACUAAUUAUUACUUUAAUUUUAAGGCAAGAACAAAAGCUUUGUUUAGAUGUGGGAUUUAGAGCUCACAGGUAGACGAGCGCUGUAACUCACUGCCAAAUAUGAUUAAUCUAUGAUCAAAUCAAAGCAUAUUUGCACUCCUAAUUGUUGACUGGACUUACGAUUUUGUUUCUAAAUUUAGCAGCUGGUAUGGUUCCUAGUUCGGGUGAAGUUUUAUAAUACAUGUCAAUUAGGGGUCUGCGUGGGUGUGUCGCCUCAAUAGUAAAUGCGUUGGCUCCCUAUAAAUUUUCCGAUUGUAAACGCUUGCUUCCAGAGCACCACUUUUGGCAAUUUUAAUAUUCUCUGCGAGCGAAUAUUCGCAAAAGUCACCUCUAAACGCACAAUUGAGUUUAUUGUUAGCAAAAUUUCGUUAUUAUUAUGACCAAAAGAGGCGACACUGUAAUAACGUGCCAUCUAGUUUAGGUUAAUCGCGUAUACAAUAUUAUAUAUUGUCCGUUAAAAUAUAUUUACCAUUUACAGAUUUCUUGUGUCUAUACAAAACGUUUUUUCGUGUACUCUUGUUUUAGGAGCCUAUAUUUGAAAUUUUUUCAUCACUAGGCUAUUAUAAUAUUGAUAUAUACCGUUUGGUUAAUUUAAAUUUAUCUUAUGCUAAUUAUAUUGGAAAGCCACUGUUACUAAAGAAAAGUAAAUAACUUUGUACUGUACUGAUAAUAAUGAAAAGCAAUACGAAACGAAACUGUUUAACUGGCAUCUUCGUGCAUAUACUUAGGGUGAUUACAAAGAUAAUUGGAAUUUUAAAUAUUAUAAUAGAUUAGUUAACGUAUUAACGGGUACACGUCGUCACAAAGCAAUUAACAAAGUUUUAAUGUGCCGUAUUUCUUCGUUGAAUUAAAAUAUAUUAUACUAGCAAUAUAAUAUAUCCAUGAAUGUGCCAUUAUAAACAAAUUUUAUUUCUACAAAUUUAUAUGUUUAA